ACUGUAAGUAAAACCUUCUUUCCUCCGGCGGGUUUUCUACGAAAAUGGAGGAUAUAGAGGAUCUCUUGAUCGGCAGCGGCGGUGCUCCACCUGGUUUCAGGUUACCACUGAACGCUGUCGGAGUAAAUCCCCGGCGGAAUAAGAACAAAUCGAAUCCUGCCAACGCUAAGCUCUCUCAAAUCCAUGAUAUUAGCUCCCCCAAAAUCCCUGGCACUCAGACUAUAUAUAUCAAGACUUUUGGGUGUUCGCAUAACCAGAGUGAUAGCGAAUAUAUGGCGGGUCAGCUUUCGGCAUUUGGUUAUGCUUUAACUGAUAAUCCUGAGGAGGGUGACCUGUGGCUAAUAAACACAUGCACAGUAAAAUCCCCAAGUCAGUCAGCUAUGAACACACUAAUAUCAAAAUGUAAAGAAGCAAGAAAGCCACUGGUAGUGGCUGGGUGUGUGCCUCAAGGAAGUAGAGAUACUAAGGAGCUAGAAGGGGUCAGUGUAGUCGGAGUGCAGCAAAUUGAUCGUGUAGUUGAAGUAGUAGAAGAAACUCUGAAAGGUCACGAGGUGCGGCUUUUGACCCGCAAGACUUUGCCAGCCCUAGAUCUCCCAAAGGUCAGAAAAAACAAGUUUAUUGAGAUUCUUCCAAUUAAUGUUGGUUGUUUAGGUGCUUGUACUUAUUGCAAGACAAAGCAUGCUCGGGGUCAUUUGGGGAGCUACACUGUUGACAGUCUUGUUGGGCGUGUGAAAACUGUCAUAGCUGAUGGAGUCAGGGAGAUAUGGCUGAGCAGUGAAGACACUGGCGCAUAUGGUCGUGACAUUGGGGCUAACCUUCCAACUUUAUUGAAUGCUAUUGUUGCUGAACUUCCUCCUGAUGGAAGUACGAUGCUACGAAUUGGGAUGACCAAUCCUCCUUAUAUUCUUGAACAUUUGAAAGAGAUAGCAGAUGUUCUGCGUCAUCCAUGUGUAUACUCCUUCCUUCAUGUACCAGUUCAAUCUGGUAGUGAUGCUAUCUUGACUGCAAUGAAUCGGGAAUAUACAGUGAGUGAGUUCAGGACUGUGGUAGAUACCUUGAAUGAACUUGUGCCAGGGAUGCAGAUUGCAACUGACAUAAUUUGUGGAUUUCCUGGUGAAACUGAUGGAGAUUUUGCUCAAACAGUCAACCUUGUAAAAGAAUACAAGUUUCCACAAGUUCACAUAUCACAAUUCUACCCUAGACCUGGGACACCUGCUGCAAGAAUGAAAAAGGUCCCGAGUACAAUAGUUAAGAAACGAAGCCGUGAAUUGACUUCUGUUUUUGAAGCUUUUACACCAUAUAAUGGAAUGGAGGGCAGAGUCGAAAGAAUAUGGAUUACUGAAAUUGCAACUGAUGGAAUUCACUUAGUUGGCCAUACCAAGGGAUAUGUGCAGGUCCUCGUAAUUGGUCCAGAAAGUUUGCUGGGCGCUUCAGCCAUUGUGAAGAUAACGUCUGUAGGAAGAUGGUCAGUUUUUGGUGAAGUGAUUGAGACUCUAAACACAGUUCCAACAAAGAGGACACCUAAUCAGGAAAAUUCUUCUGCCUGUUGCAAGUCAUAUGCGAGCUAUGCUUGUUCAAAUGAGCCAGAACCUUGUUCUUGCAGACCAGAUAGCUGUGAAGCACAACUUACUUCCGAGGAAUGCACAGUUUCCAAGAACAACAGUUGGAUUGAAGAUAGAAACAGCAAAAAUCUGAUUGGAUGGUUUCUAAGGAGGCGGAGAAAUCAUGUGCAGAAAAUGAAAGAAGAUGGAAUUACCCCGAGGCUAAAGAAAAAGCAAAUCUGGGUCCUAGGAAACAUGAGCGAGUGGGGAAUUAUUGAUAGGGCUCUUCUCGGGGGAAUGUUUGUCAGCUUUUCCAUAAUUAUUGCAGUUGUGAUACGUCUUGGGUUUAGGAUCAUGUCUUCCAAUGAAUCAUGAACAUCUUUUUUGUUUGAAUUGAAGUAAUUCAGUUUGAACAAUGAUUGCCCUAUAUGGAACUGUUGUGUGAUUUAUGAUUACAUCUGUACCAUUUUUGACGCGGAUUUAUCAACAAGAGAUUCACUUUGUUGUGACACAUGGUUUGUUG